AUGCAAGGUCUUCAGAUUCCUGAGGAUGACCUCCAGUUUGAUACCCUACUCGUUGGGCGGUUCAGAAAAUGUUCAGUUUUCCAAGGUGGCAUCCAGCCCACGCGCCUUGUGGUCGAGCGGACAUCCGUUUACGUCCGCCAGAAGAUCCAGCUGGGAACGAGUCGCGUGGCCUCCUAUUCUGUGAGUCAAGCCACCUGCCGCGCAACAGAGGCUGCCAUAAAGACUGCUGAAGUUGCUUGCGAUACCUUGCGGAUAGACAGAAAGGAAAACUGGUUCGCUUGGAUCUUCCCUUCGCCACUGAAAACCCUCUAUAACUACACACUCGGUCCUGCUUUGGCUAAUACCACUCGGCAGCUGCGCAACGGAAGGCGAACUGUAAGGGCUUUGAGGCGUUCUGGCGCGGUGCACACGGCUGUUGAGAACCGUAUCAAACGCCGCAGGAAGGUUUCUCCCCGCAAAUCUACGAAGGACCAGCCCAGUAGUGGUCUGUGGGCGUGGCUAACUAGUUUCUUGGCCGUGUUUGGCUUGGCUUCAAGUCCCGCUCACUUCUCCCCGGCGGAACUCCCGAAGCUCGACCGCGAACUGACCUCCAGCCCCAAGAAGCAGGAGGGAACUACAGAGGACAAGAAGAGGAAGCUUUCUGACGUGGAAACGGAAGACGCCACCUCGGUCGAGGAAAUGAGUCACUUGGACCUUCUUCACGACAUGGAAGACUACCGUUCAGAUGAGGACCCUGACUAUUCGCCAAGCGAUACCUCCACCGACAGCCUCGAGUAUAGGUCGACGGACCACGAGGAGAGCGAGGCGCCCUUCACCGAGGACGACUUCAAGAAGGAACCCACGAAGGCCAGCGAAGGAGAACCUCGGUCCUCUGGGGCGGCGGCGCCCCCGGGAGGCGAAAACGGCCAGGUGACGACCAAGGUGUCCCUGACGGUGGUCUCCGCGGAGGACAAGCCCGCGGAAGGGGACGCGGCCGAGGUUGCGAAGCCGGCGACGGAGGUGGAGUAGGGAUGAGGAUAGUAUUGUUAUGACAUUUAUAUAGGGAGUUUUAUUGUAUUUUUAAUAACUAGUUUACUUCUAU